ACAACGGCCGCGGCGUGCCCGCGCAACCAGACGCUACCCACCCUGCAGCGAAGCGAGGAUCGCCGCAGCAUGCGGGCCCUGUUCGGUCUCCCAGCGCUCUGCCUGCUGGCCGUCGCUAGCGCAGACUUGUCCCCGGAAGCGGCAGGGACGCCUGGCGCCGCGUCGCCGUCUGCGUUGCUCGCGUCUGUGCCUCAAGGUAGCCAGGCACCUGCCGGCGGCUACGUGGGACACGGACCGCUACUAAGCGCCCUGGUCGGCGCAGACCCCUUGCAAGGAACAGAAUCAAAUGCAGACGCAGGAAUUUCGCGACCGAAACGCACGUUCUGCAAGAAGUGUGGUGGCUACGGAGGCUACAAAGGCGGCUAUGGUGGCGGCUAUGGUGGUGGCUACGGCGGUGGUUACGGGGGCGGUGGCCUGGUGAUCCCAGUGGUCGUCACGGUGCAGAAGCGGCCGUCCUCCGGGUACGGGUACCAUCCCGGUGGCGGCGGUGGUGGCGGCUACUGCAACGUGUGUGGGGGCGGUGGGGGCGGCGGCUACUACCCCUCCGGCGGCUCCUUCAGCCAGUCUUCCAGCUCCAGCCAGUCUUCCAGCUACGCGUGGGGUCGAAGAAAAUGAGGCGCCGACACCACUCACGAGCAGCUCGCCACGAUGCUACGAGUAACUGUCUGGUGAUGCUCUGCUCCUCGAAAGAGUUUUUCAUCGUGUUAUAUCUGGCUGAC